AAAUAUUGUUGAAGAUCCCUAUUUAUUUUUUGAAAAAGAAUUGUUAGAAAAUAUUAAUUUAUUAGAAGAUCAUCAACUUAAUAAGCUUAUUUUAGAUCUUGAACGUGUUCCCAUCUUGCGAGAGUUAUGUUAUACAAAAUUUUUAGAAUCAGAUAUUGAAUAUGGCAAAUUUAAUGAUUUUG